GGUCUGUCCUCCGCCUCCUCCCUCCUCCUCACGACUCUGUAGCACCCAGCAGCCAGCAGCCAUUCAUCCAGCGUGUGCUGAAGCGGCAGCAGUGUCGUUGUAGCCCCGGAGAGCAGCGAUGUUUUCCUGCAGAGCAGCCUGGCAGAGGUGUGGGCCUUUGGCACGGAGAGCAGCCUACAGGUUGCCCCGGGAUGUUGUGCAGCGGCGGCAGAUGUCAUCGGUUCCUGGUGGUUCUGGGGAGAACAUACUCUACACCCUGCUGUGUGGUGGAGCCUUCGUUGGUGCUGUGUCAUACGCGGUCAGCACUGUGACCACAGACCACGCCCGGUUCAAUGAUCGCAUUUCAGAAAUCAAAGCCAGACCCAAGACAGAGUGGGUACCUAAACCAUGGCCACCCAAGAGGGCGGAUGAUGAAGAGGGAGAGGAGGAGGAGGCUGAGGCUGAGGCUGAGGCUGAGGCUGAGGAGACCAGUGAAGAGGCUGGUGGAGAGGCUGAAGCUGCUGAGGAGGAGGCCCCUGCAGCUGACGAUGGCGAAGCAGAAACUGUAGUGGAAGAAGUUGCAGAGGUCGUUGCAGAGGCUGCCGAGGUUGUCGCAGAGGUGGCUGAGGUCGUUGCCGAGGCUGCGCAGGAGGUGGAGGCGGUGGCAGAAGAAGUGGUCCAAGUAGCUGAAGCUGUUGAAGAGGCUGCCGAGGCCGUUGCAGAACCACCAGCUGUUGCUGCAGAGGAGCCCGAAAGCAACGUGUUGCUGGCUGCUGCCUCUACUGUAGAGGUGCCGAAGAUAGCUGAAGUAAGCGAAGGUUCGGUACCCGUUGCUGAAGAGCUCAAAGAGGAAGAGUCCCUGGCAUCACUGGAGGCAAAGCCUGUUGAAGAAAUGUCACCAGUAGAGGAAGCUGUUGCACUAGAUGAAGAGGCCCCUGCGCCAGUUGUCGAAGAGGCCCCUGCGCCAGUUGUCGAAGAGGCCCCUGCACCAGUUGUCGAAGAGGCCCCCGUGCCAGUUGUCGAAGAGGCCCCGGUGCCAGUUGAAGAGGCCCCUGCGCCAGUUGUUGAAGAGGCCCCCGUGCCAGUUGUUGAAGAGGCCCCGGUGCCAGUUGAAGAGGCCCCUGCACCAGUUGUUGAAGAGGUGCCAGUUGUCGAAGAGGCCCCCGCGCCAGUUGUCGAGGAGGCCCCCGCGCCAGUUGUCGAGGAGGCCCCCGCGCCAGUUGUCGAGGAGGCCCCCGCGCCAGUUGUCGAGGAGGCCCCCGCGCCAGUUGUCGAGGAGGCCCCCGCACCAGUUGUCGAGGAGGCCCUAGCAACAGUAGAGGUGGUGGCGGUAGUAGAAGAGACACCUGCACCAGUUGUUGAAGCUACAGCACCAGUUGUUGAAGUUGCCUCUGCACCAGUCGAACCUGAUGAUACAGCAGCUCUAGUUGAAGAACAAGUCACCACAACAGUUGUAGAAGCUGCAGCAGCCCCUGUUGCAGAAGUAGCCAGCCCUGUGGUGGAGGAACCAGCUGCAGCGCCUGCAGAGACCCCAGCAGAAGAUCCCAAGAGAGAGUUCAUUGUUGUGGUUUUGGAAGGAACCCCUAAAGCGGAUAAACAGGCCAAGGUUCUGGGAGUAGGGCCCAUGACUGGUAGAAUCAUCCCAGCUCCAGAAGAUGACGAUACCCCUGCUUCUGAGGGUAGGCGACGUCUUCUUAGGAUGCAAAUGCAGUAGUUCCAACUAAGUAAAUGGCUCCUGAAUGAAUACUCCAUUCUGCAGAAGAAGAGGAUGUGCCUUUCUCCUACACCUGCCCCCAGCCCCCCCACCCGAAGGACACAAAGGGACUAAUAUGUAGUUCCAGUGUAAGAUGACCGUAGUGUACAGCGCGUGGGACCAACAUAUUCAUGGUGCCCCUACAGCCCGAUUACUGUGACACUCCACUCUGACUUGCAUGUCUUCACUCCAUAGUCCUUACUGAGCCCAGUCAGUCAUUGAACACAUCCAUGGUUUCAUCUUUUAGCCACCUCACUCUUGUAACAACCUGUUACUGUUGAGGACAAACUGAGCCAUUCACCUCAUUGUUUCUUCUUGUGUCCUGCCUCAAAAAUUACUCCAGUGGAGACCUCGAUACCCCUCCCUAUAUCCUGUCAGCCCGGUCACUGCCCAGCCACUUGUGAUGUGAACCUACAGUGUUACAGGGCUCUUCUGAGUCACCAGCAUCCUUUACAGUACCCGACCUCAGGUUUUAUCCUCUGCUCCUCCUGAACUGUUGCUCUGGUUUAUCUUUUUUAUGAAGAAACACUUAGAACACACUAGCUCAGUAGCUACCUUGUUACCUCAGUUCUUUCUCUUGUCUUUUAAAUCACACCACAGACCUCCUCUUGAUGCUAUUGAAAUGUUACAGCUCCUAAGCAAACGACACAGUUGCUGAGCCACUAACCUCAACACAUUGUUAUUUCUUAGAAUUUGAUCACCAAGGCACCUUCUGCUGUGAGACUAAACACACUUGUUUCCCCUAAUGUUCAUCCUUAACAGUCAAACACACACACACUCUGCUGCACUGCUUUCUUUCCGUUAGAAUGCGUGUUUGGCCACACCCCAGUUGGCGAUGUCACAGCAGGUAUUUUCACUUGACAGCUGUUGGCUAACACCAGCUGUGACAUCAUGACGGGGGUGUGGCCAGAUAGGAAAUGUUUAGACCCAUAGAGGGUAGUGCACCAGGUGUUUUUUUUUUUCUUGUACAGAUUUAGCAUUGUUACCUUUUUAAGAUGAGUUUGUUCCUCCUUUUUUGCAGACAAUCUAAUGACUAUACAGUGAGUGUGAUAAGUACUAGAUACACCCUGAUAAUAUGUUGAAACCUCAUUUGCACCAUCCAUAUUCAAUCAUUAUCAAUGUCGGAAAUCCCUUCUUGCAUUCUAACUGUAUCCACAUCUCCUCCUUUCGUAAAUGAUGCUGAUUCAGAGAGAAGGGGUACUGGUUUUGCCAAGAUUGCGUCAUGGAACUUUGAGGACAAGAUGUUAGGUGGUUUGGGGAACACCUAAACAGGAUCAUGUUCUUUCACUGUUUUCUGUCUUUUGGGGAGCUUUUUGUUUUAGCUGUGUGGUUGUAAUUCUAAGGCUUGCAGCAAGUAUGAACGGUUGUGAUGCUGGUGUGACAUGAAAUGUGUGUGUCUGGGAAGUGUUGCAGUAUGUCUGAAGAAAGGUCUCCGUGUGAAAUAUAUCCACAGCUCUGUUGUACUGUCUUCCGUCAGUCCCUCUGUCAGAUUUUCUCCAUCUUCACUUUUGAAUUUCUGUCUUUCUUAGCUUGACAUAUGGUAUUUUGAAAUAGAUCAGAGCUGAGGGAAGAACUGAACUUAAUGUGAGUAGGUGUUUUAAAGAAAUUAGAUGUAAAAUGACGCUGUCCUUGGUGCUCAAAGGCACGUGUCUCUCAUAGGAUGUAAGUGAGAGUGGCUGUUUCACACAUGACUGUUUUUCUUGUUUUCGCAAAAUAAAGAGGGACUGAACUUGA